UGGCAAUGGCGUUAGCCAAUCUCAUUCCUUCUACUUAUAUUCUCUUGUUGUCUCAAUUCCAAUUCUCUCAUCCCGUUUCUUCAGUAUUUCUGUUAGUGAUGGGUUAAGCAUCCCUGUCUCUUUCCGCAUCACAAAAUUUUCUUUUGUUUUUGUUUAUGUGUCGAUGCUAUGCCAUCUCUUACAUAGUACAAAUAAGGCAGAGCGUACAUACACAUAUCAGCAAAGACUCCGGCUUUGACCAUGGCCAUCGUGCUCUUUUUAUGCAUCUGAUUUCCAGUUGGCGAUAAGAAAGGUUUAAUAAGGAGAAGGCCAAAGAGUAAAGGAGAAGAGGAAUGAAGAAAAUGAAGUACGUCUUGGUGACUGGCGGAGUAGUAAGUGGACUCGGCAAAGGAGUGACAGCGAGCAGCAUCGGGUUACUGCUCAAAGCUUGUGGACUUCGCGUUACUUCUAUCAAGAUUGAUCCUUACUUAAAUAGCGAUGCUGGAACGAUGUCCCCUUUUGAGCAUGGGGAAGUUUUCGUCUUGGACGAUGGUGGUGAGGUGGACCUGGACCUUGGAAAUUACGAGCGCUUUCUAGAUGUCAAACUGACCCGCGAUAAUAACAUCACCACUGGAAAGAUUUACCAAUUUGUUCUUGACAAGGAGAGAAGGGGAGAUUAUCUUGGAAAAACUGUUCAGGUUGUUCCUCACGUUACAGAUGCCAUUCAAGAAUGGAUUGAGCGUGUGGCAAUGAUUCCAGUUGAUGGAAAGGAAGGUCCAGCUGAUGUUUGUGUCAUAGAAUUAGGUGGAACAAUAGGAGACAUUGAAUCCAUGCCAUUUAUUGAGGCGUUAGGUCAGUUCUCAUACCGUGUAGGUUCUGGCAACUUCUGUCUGAUUCAUGUGAGCCUGGUGCCUGUUAUAAAUGUUGUUGGGGAACAGAAAACAAAGCCCACACAGCACAGUGUUCGAGGACUGAGAGGCCUGGGUUUGACGCCAAAUAUCUUAGCUUGUCGCAGUACAAUGGCACUUGAUGAAAAUGUGAAGGAGAAACUCUCUCAAUUUUGCCAUGUAUCGGCAGAAGAAAUUAUCACUCUUUAUGAUGUUCCCAACAUCUGGCACAUCCCUUUACUACUGAGAGACCAGAAGGCUCAUGAGGCAAUUUUCAAAGUGCUUAAUCUUCUAGGUACUGCAAAGGAGCCUUCUUUAAAGGAGUGGACUACAAGGGCUGAAAUUUGUGAUAUGUUACAUGAGCCAGUCAGAAUUGCUGUUGUUGGGAAGUACACAGGCCUUUCUGAUUCCUAUCUCUCUGUACUGAAGGCUCUGUUGCACGCCUCUGUUGCCUGCCGCAAGAAACUUGUUGUGGACUGGGUUCCUGCUAGUGACCUUGAAGAUAUGACUGAAAUGGAGAAUCUUGAUGCUUAUAAAGCUGCAUGGAAGUUGUUAAAGAGUGCAGAUGGUGUUCUCGUACCUGGAGGGUUUGGUGACAGAGGUGUGGAAGGGAAAAUUCUUGCAGCAAAGUAUGCACGGGAAAACGGAGUUCCCUUUCUUGGAAUUUGUCUAGGAAUGCAGAUUGCUGUCAUUGAGUUUGCAAGAUCUGUUAUUGGAUUGAAAGAUGCUAACAGCACUGAGUUUGAUCCUAACACCAGGAAUCCCUGCAUUAUAUUUAUGCCCGAGGGCUCAAAAACACAUAUGGGUGGUACCAUGCGUCUUGGAUCAAGGAGGACAUAUUUCCAAGUCAUGGACUGCAAAUCUGUGAAAUUGUAUGGAAGAAGGUUCAUAGAUGAGAGACAUCGGCAUAGAUAUGAGGUAAAUCCUGAUAUGGUAGCACGCCUUGAAAAUGCUGGCCUAUCAUUCACUGGCAAGGAUGAAACUGGUCGACGCAUGGAGAUUAUUGAAUUACCCGAUCAUCCAUACUACAUUGGUGUUCAAUUCCAUCCUGAAUUUAAAUCAAGACCAGGAAAGCCUUCUGCUUUGUUCUUAGGAUUAAUAGCAGCAGCUUGUGGACAGUUAGAUGCUGUCUUACAAGGCUUCGAGAGCCAAGAGGUCAAUUGUCUCCCUAACAAGAAAGUUUACCAAAAUGGAUAUGCUACAAAGCCUGCAAAUAUCAUAACAGAUGCUAUGUACAGUUAUUGCAACGGCGUGCACUCUUGAGUGAGCUUUGGUCAUACCUGUGUUUUUCUGUAGUGAUACUGAUUUUGACAAAGGGCUUUUGGCGGGAUCUUAGCAUUGUCCAGUACAGGCAUUGAUUAAAUGGGUAGGUGUAAUAGCUUUUCAAGAGAACUGCAGUUAAAGCGUAGCUGGAUCCCUUCAUUUUAAGCGGGGACAGCUUCUUGUAUUUUUCAGUUAUAUAAUCUUAUCUUUGUUGGCCUUUUGGCCCCGUAGUUUCGUUCCUUGUUUUUGAUUUCUAUUCGGAGUUGCGUGUAUUAUUUAAUAGAGUUUUUUUAAUAUAUUUAAA